GGAGCAGUUCUACGACAGUUACAAUGCCGGGGGCGCUAUGGGUGCCUGUGGGCCGCGCCUCACGCCCCCCCUGAAGCGGCCUCGCCUGGUGGUGCCGAGCAUGAGACAACAGCCACGCGCACAGUCGCCCAAGAAAAUAGCUGCCCCUGGACUUGAGGACCUGAAGACAUACAGAAAUAAUCACCUUAGCUCCUUUGCCUCACACGCUGGAGGCAGCCCCGACAUCCUCAUCUGCGGGAACUGCCGUGAGCUCUUCUCCAACCUAAGUGACUUCAUUGACCACCGACGAACCUACUGCAAGCUGCGAUUCACCUGCAAAUGUUCCUCUCACAACGGGGUGUUACGCACCGAGGAGAGCGCCCUGCUUCUCUGCGCACUCUGCAAGGAGAACUUUGCUUCGGCCUGGGAUCUGAUGGUGCACGCCCAGGCUGCCCACAUGGUCAACAUCUACCAGCUGGGCUCCAAGGACGCCAGCCAGGACGGCAGCUCGAGCAUCGCCGCUGAGGACAGUACAUCAGGCAACGAUCUCACCGCCGACGCCGCCAGUGACAGCAACGGUGGGGAGGCAAGCGGAGAGACGUCAGAGGGCAUAAAGGAAGACGAGGACGGCCUCUCCACACUGCCCAAGGAGUCUGAGAUGGAGCAGGGGGAAGGGGAGAGAGAAGCGGGGAUGGUGCAGUGAACCUCUCACCCACCGCCCCACUCUCGCCGCCGCCACCACCACCCCACCAACACUACCAUCGCCACCACACCCCGCCACCCCUCACCACCAUACCCCACCCCCAUCCUCACCUCACCACUUAGCCCGCCUCACACACCUCUCGCCCCUCACCACCUCUUCCCUACUCGCCUCCCUCUCGCCCCUACCACGUCCCUACCCCAACCCUGGUUCCUCCCCUUCCCCACUCACCCGCCCCAGCCCCCGGUGCAGUCGUCGGGGGUCCCCUGGGUGUGGUGGUAACUCUCUUCCCCAGAACAAAACUGACACACACAUCUCGAGCCUUGUGGAUUGAUGAGACACAUUCACCGAAGAAGCAGCAAUAGUUCGCCUCCUUCACACUUCCUCUCUGUCUGUGGUCUCCACCUCCGACUCUGUUGGUCUGUGUACUACUUACUCCCCGACGUAGACUUUUUUUAUUCUCUGUGCUGUAGUUUCAUGUAAUCAAAGUGUUUUUUCCAUUCUACAUUGUCACUCCUUCAGAGGAAAACGAAAAUAACAAUGAAUAGGUUUAGGGUGUUCGAAGGGCAUCAGUGUGUCGGGCAGGGGAUGGACAGAUGGCCUCACCACCACCACCACCACCACCACCAUGGCAAACAGCAGCCCACAGAAUUUCCUUCAGUGGCAUUCACUCAUAGUCGUUUUCAAACUUCACCGAGUCACACAGUGCAUGCAGUGGCAUAGAAGUGAAGAUGAAGGUUAGGAAGAAGCCACAAAUUGGCAGCAAAGUUAAGCACCAGAGGUCAUCCCAAUUUCUAAUGACCCCUUAUUUGAUCUCUGUUCAUGCCUCGGCUGACAGGAAACCAGCUUCCAGAGGGGAUGCAACUUGACCCAAGAAUGCAUAGAAAUGCUACACGCAUGAGUGGUGGGUGAUGCUGCAUGGCAAACAUCUUACACCAUUGAUCGCUAACCAGAAAUGACAUCAGAAGAGUGCCAUGCAGGUGGUGGCAAGGCGAGGCAAAGCUCCCCUGCAGUAGCUGUCGUAGGUAGUGGCGAGGCAGCCUCGAACCCCGAUAGCAGUGAUUAUCGUGGCCCAAGGUAGCGAGGGCCGUCGUACUGUAGUCUGAGUGGGAUAUCAUUCGUAGCUCUAGUGGUGAGGCCUCGCGCCCUGGGAUGGAGAGGUAUGUUGCCCUGGUUAUGGUGUGGUCUAGUCUGUUACUCUAGUCUAUUUAGAAUUAUCUAUUAAACAUAAGGUAGGUAAGCGAUGCAUAACAGUGGGCAGUUUUGUGGUCACUUUGUCAUUUCCACGACGACUCUUCCUAUAGCAACAAACAGGUACUGAAAUAUGGUAAGGUUUAUGUAUUUUUCUAUAGCAUCAGUGCAAAUGUAACUCAUUUAGAACAUUUGGAAGACAUUUAGUCGACUUUUUUUUUUGCUGUAUUUUUUACAUGUAACAUUCAGAACCUUUGUUUCUUAGUGACAAUAUUUGUUGCGGCGCCGGCCGCUGAACCACCGUGGUAGCCACCAGAUGCGAGCAAUCAUUCAAAUGCUGUGAUGUGAACUUUAGGGUAAAUUUUGUCACUCGGAACCACUAGUAAAUGAUAACAUAGAAUAGCUUCUUUUCAUAUGAAUCUUUUCAAAGAUUCUCUUGUAAAUCAAAGUUUAAAAAAAAAGACAUGUUACUGUAGAGCUCUGUUUCGUACAUUUCCUUAAAGCAUCAACGAAGACCCUAGACCGGACUCACCCGAGGACCUCUGGCGGCGAGGCUACGAGUUCGGCUGUGACAUCGCGUCUGUAACCAAGGGAAAGAUUCUAGUGCCUCUUCCAGCAAACCCAGAAAGAAUCUAAUCAGUAUCACUCGUGUGACGUCAUGUUUGGCUUGCAUUGGUCCUCUCCCUCACCUCCCGGCAGGCGGUGUGAGGCAGACAGCGGAGGGCCAGCUGGAGGACCUGCUGGCAGUCACUUGCCCUUGUGGUGCAUAGUGGGGCUCCGUCAGACUCUCCUUGGAAAGCAAAUUGACAAUCGGGUUGCGUGCGAGUAGUGCUGGUCGCGUAUGAGAAGUGUGGGUACUUCCUAGUAGUUUUUGUUCACUCAGCUUUGCGCAGAGUCAGUUCAGAAAUACAUAUCAGGGUCAGUGUUGGGCGGUGAACACUCCGUCUGGAGAGAAAAACUGCAGGUAAAGAUCAGUGUUGGCCUCUUUGCCACACCGGGUCUGCAGAGGGUAGGGAGGGUGUCUCUGUGCCAAAGGUAAGCUAGAUGUGCUUAAGGAGCAUAGCGGUAGGAUGUUAGCGUGUGGCCCCCGUAGGAGUAAUCAUGACAAAAAAAUACUGAACCGUAGGAACCCGUAGCAGUAUAGGUGACCCUUGAUGCCCUCUCCUGCAGCGAAGGUCAUGCAGGCGAGCAGUAGUUCGCUAAAGAGACACAAUCGUCUCGCCAUUGGACACUAUCCUCGCAGCCGCUCAUGACUUCUUGCUGGACGCCUCUCCCCCUACCCCACCGCUCAAGUGCUCACAGUCUCGUAAUGUCUUGUCAGAGUUCAGGUCGCGUGGAGGCCUAUGCAUGUCGAGGACUGAAGAUGAUGUAAUAAAGAUCGCCGAAGAUUGCCUUCGUUUUGUGUACAAAUCUCUCAAGUGAUCUGUGAAGACAUGGCUUUGUUGGUUGUUUAAAGGAUAAUUUUAGAAAUUAGGUACAUAUCAUUACUCAUGUCUUUGUCUUAGAGGUGAACCUGACUUGCUGCCGACCAGGUUGCCGCCGGCCGCCGAGCGCCGCCACGGUCCGCGCAGCUCGUCAGGUUGCGCUUAGUCGUAGAUUCUAUGUUAAUUUGGAAUUCGGAUCGAACAACCUCGAUUGUGGGUGUCAAGGCAUAAUGACAAUAACUACAAGGGUUAUCGGUAGUUCUCCAGUGCGAGGUAGUUCUGAUGACUAACUAAAUGGUGCACAAUUAGCAAACCUUUGUAAGUGGUGAACUGACCAGUCUCUCAGCAGUCUUAACGACCCUGAGUCAUAUAGGAACUUUUCAUACAAGUUGAGCGUCAUUAAAGCGUUCAGACUUUUUCAGAUAGACUUAGAAAUAUAUGAUCGAACUUUGUUUUUACUUCCUUGUCUGUGGCGGGGCGUCCGGCGCCUGCGUCCGCCGGCGCCGGCCGCCCCGCGCACCUGUCGUCUCGUGGCCGCUAGGACGACGGACGCAGGACGACUCAGUCUUUCUCUUAGUGAUCCCGGUAGUCGCUGUGUGUUGCGGCAGCAGCAGCAACAGCUGAUAUCCUCUCUCAGGGCCGUUCUUCUUUUUCUUUUUCUUCACUUUUGUUUCGCGAAUACCUGUCAGAAACAUGCACAAGCAAAAUAUUUCAAUUAUGCAAAAAACUAGUUCAGUGCUAUAAACGCUUGUAGGCAGAUAUAUAUAUAUACACACACAAGGUCAUAUAUUGUGUAUAAUAUUCUAAAGUGUUACUUAUUGUUAGAAACAAAUAACUACUACAUAUACUGGCUUUAAAAUGUACUUUCUCCUAAAUGCCCUUAACUUCACAUUUACAUCAUUCCAUAGUAGGAUAAGUCUUCGUUCAUGACAGACGAAGAUUCAAACAAAUUUCAAUUGCCUUGAAGCGUCAGUUUGUGACCUGCAGUUCACGAAACAAACAAAAAAGGAGAAUGGCCUCUUAGUUUUAGCAUUAUACUCAACAUGUAAAGAAAAUGACCACAAGGCGGGCGACAAGACCCUGGGGCGGGCUGGGGCGAGGCAGGGCGCUGGAACCCACCCCACCCCCACCCCCACCCACCCACCCACCAGGUACAUUCUGCCGUCACUGCCCGCCUGGCCCGGCUGCCGAGACCCAGGCUGGUGUGCGGACGGACGCCCCUUGGAGCCCCUGGGGGAGAGCCAUGCCGCGAUGACUUCCCAGAGUAUUCUUUACCCUCAGCAUGGAAAUGGCAAACUAAGCUUAAACUUCCUCCCCUCGCUCUCGGACCUCUUCCCCUCAUCCCCCUCGCGUCUUCCUCCCCCGCUCCCCCCCGCCCCGUCCUUCCCUUCCUCACUGGCAAUUGAUAAUGUAACUCUUGAUGUCUUUCAAAUUACCUACACAGCAAUCAAACACAACAUUUUAGAAGAACUCGUGUAUAUCCAUUAUGAAUAAAUCUCUUCAGUGCAUCAGGUUCAGGAAGAUGUUUUCUGCCUACUGAGUGAUGAUGCUCAGCGGUGAGUAGCUCUUGAUCAACAUUCUCCUCAGCGGGGGAAAGUUUAAGCCUAGACUGGCACUUUCCUCAGAGGCUCUCGGCUAGGGAGGCUUCAGUCUGCCACAUCGACCAUCUCCCCUUCUCCCUCCCCUUCCCUACCCUCUGGUCACGUGCUUUCCCUCUCCCCCCAACUGCCCACCCCGGGAAGGAACAGACUAAUCGUGUAUUAUCAGUGAAUGCGUGAGUAAUGUCAGUGAUGGCUUCAAAAGAUAUGCCUUAGCUUUGCAGGACGAUAUGAAGAGACUUUUGAUUUUCAUGUCUAUCCGUGCACCUCCAGAGGCACCCUCACCUCGGUGCUGUGGGUAGCUUUACCUCGGCGUUGGUUUGGUCUGUUGCUAUUAUUGGCAGACAUUUGCACUUGUUUCGCUCCGUGUAAUGCUUUUUAUUUAUAUGGUAAACUGUAGCUCCAUUAUUUUCCUUUCUCAUUGUGGUUGUGCCGUUGAUGCAAAAUAAUGUAUAACCAGAAGACUUUUGUCAGAGAUACUUUGAAGUCUGGCACUUGUUUUUAGUAGUUUCGUCAGCAGGUUGCAUCUGGUCGUGCGAAAAUGAACUGCGUGUCUUUAUCUCUUGUCGAGGGUAACGGUUCCAGUUUUAUACUCGACAGCAUCUUUAUAUACUUGUCAUAAUUCAUAAUAUUAUUCACAACAAUGACGAUUAUACAUAAUAAUAACGAUGAUACACCUCAUUCUCAUGACCCAGAAGCAGCUGCAAGUCUUGUUUUGCCUCCCUAGAUUCCCAUCAUGCGAACACACACACACACACACACACACACACACACACACACACACACACACACACACACACACACACACACACACACACACACACACACACACACGCGCGCGCGCAGACACCUUUAAUUUUGCAUCCAUAUUUUCCCUUCACACACACACACACACACACACACACACACACACACACACACACACUCGCUUCAUUCGGUCAUGAACGCUCUCUGAAGAACAACUGAUUUAAGGACAUUAAUUACGUUGACCUGGUCUCCACUCGGUGUCUGGCGACGUCAUGAAGGCCUGUUGUCUAGCGGUGGUCAUAUUUACAUACAGUAUCGUGUUAAGUGUAUGUUACUUUAAUGAAUGUUUUGUAACAGUUGGGAAGUAAACAUUGUUACCAGC